AUGGCAACUCAAAACGAGUCACUCAUCGUCCCCUCCUGGAUAAACGGCAAAGAAGAAAUCUCAUCCUCAACCUACCCCAUCACCUCACCCUCCACCAACAAAGUAGUCUGGCACUCAUCCCUUACCACACCCACCACCAUCCUCCCCGUAAUCGAAUCCUCGCAAUCAGCGUUUCUCACCUGGUCACUCACCAAACCGACAUAUCGUCGUGAUAUCUUACUAAAAGCAGCUUCGAUUUUAGAAGAACGGACCGAAGAAUAUGCGCCUUACAUGGGCACCGAGAUGGGUGCUGAGGUCGGAAUUUCCCACUUUUUUGCAAUGCCUUUGGCGAUUCAGAUGCUGAAGGACAUCGCUGGGAGGAUUACUAGCAUUUGUGGGAGCGUGCCUGCUUGUGCGGCUGAGGGGAUGAGUGCGAUGGUUUGGAAAGAGCCGUAUGGUGUUGCGUUAGGAAUCGUGCCUUGGAAUGCUCCAUUCGUUUUUGGAGUCAGAUCAGCUGCUACUGCUAUAGCAACUGGAAAUACCUGCAUUCUCAAAGCAUCUGAGGUAACACCUCGUUCUUACUGGGCUAUUGGCAAGGCUUUUCAUGAUGCAGGACUUCCUGCUGGUGUAUUGAACAUCAUUUCUUGCCCUGCUACGGAUGCUGCUGCUGUAACAAAGGUGCUCAUUGAGCAUCCUGAUGUCAAACACGUUGACUUUACAGGCAGUGCAAAAGUAGGUCGUCUAAUUUCUAAAGCUUGUGGGGAGAAUCUCAAACCGUGUGUGAUGGAAUUGGGAGGGAAGAACAGCGCAAUAGUCUUACAGGAUGCAAAUAUUGAAACAGCAGUCGCAGAAUGCAUUGCUGGUUCGUUCGCAAAUUCCGGACAGAUAUGCAUGUCAACAGACCUCAUCAUUCUGCAUGCUUCAAUUGCCACUAGUUUCCUAGAGACGUUGAAAACGGCACUUUCAAACUCAAGCUCUGCUAAUGUUCCAACGCUUGUUUCUGUAUCUUCAAAAGAACGGGCCCAAAAACUCGUUAAGGAUGCCUUAUCUAAUGAUGGACAAUUGUUCUUCGGAGCUCAACCCGAGAGCGGGCCUCCAGGGGCAUCAUUUGUGCCUUCUAUUCUUGGAAAUGUGGGCAAAAAUGCCCAAUUUUGGAAGGAAGAGUCAUUUGCCCCUAUGGCUGGAUAUGUCAUCGUGGAGAGCGAAGAGGAAGCAAUUGCUAUAGCCAACAAGUCCGAAUAUGGCUUAUCUGCAGCUAUAUUUACCGAAGAUCUUAGACGCGCUUUUGCGAUAGCUAAGAAGAUCCACUCUGGCGCUGUGCAUAUCAACACUAUGACGGUGCUUGAUGAUCCUGUCCUGCCAUUUGGUGGAGUGAAAGCCAGCGGGUGGGGCCGCUUUAAUUCGGAGGAGGGAAUGAAUCAGUUUUUGGUGACAAAGACCGUGACUUGGAAGGACUAG